GGUGGAAGUGCGCCCAUGUUUUAGAGGAAAACAACCUCUUGAGAUUUGGAUGUCUGAGCAGGGAUCAAAUGAGAAGUAUGGCGUGGUGCACAGUGGACGAGGAGGGAAGUGCCAGUGUGAGGAUAAGAAUACCAGCAUGCUGCAAAAAGACACCCACUACUCCGCAGAACCUCCUCCAUAUAAAUGCAGACACUGUAACAUUGCUUUCAAAGCCAAUGAAAGCACCACUGAACACAUGACAUCUAAGACAGUUAUAGAAAAGACCUGCUGUUACCCAGAUGACAUGCAUAAAGGAGUGAGUGAAAACUGUUCUGGCCCGGAUAGACUAAAAGAUUGUCAAUACGGUCAUCUGGGGAAAAGUGGGCAUGAUGAGGGUGAUGACAGAAAGCAUGGAGUCGUCAGAUCUGAUGAAGAAAAGGGACCGACGGCGGCCCAAAGCUCUCAGGUCUCCUCUUCUGACAGUGAACUUUGUGGUCCAGGAGGCCCGCUCGUGGAGCCGGAACGUAGUCUACCCACGGCCCUUCCCUCCAAGGAUACCAUCCAGAAGAGCUCGGCCAGCGCCAGGAGGGCCCUGUUUGCCCGACGACGCCUCGAACUCUCGGUGUCGACACCCUCCGGGAACUCUCCCAACUCUCCAAGUGUUCCACAAAGGGAACCGUCUCCACCUCGUAGCCAGUCGCCCAUGCUCGGCCAGUCUCCUGCUCCCCUCUCCUCCCUCUCCCCUUCCAGUUGUCAUGUCUCCACCUCCCCAGUGAGACCAGUUUCUCCUGUAAGGUGCCUUUCUCCUAUAAUAGUACAGUCCCCUGGAGUGGGGUCCUGUGGGCCACCAGGCUCCCAUGCAAACACUUCUGUUCAGUGUCAAGACUGUCCUCACCCAAAGGACCAACCUUCAACAGCAAGACUCUCCAUACAUGAGGUUGGUCUGACCCACACCGGCCCACAUCCACGGCCUCGGGGGGCCCACAACCUUCUGAGUCAUCUCCCUCUGCACUCGCAGCAGCCGAGCAGGUCUCCGAGCCUCCUAAUCCCCAUCGGGGGGAUCCACAUGAUUCAGCCCAGGUCCCCCCUCCGGCUGUACGCCCCCACGGGGACCGGGACGCCAUGGAGAGCAGAAGGAAGGAUUUCUCCGCCGCAGCGACAAGACAUUCAUAAAACGAGUUCUGUGAGCAUCUCAGCCAGCCCGCCGGACCCCGGUGACACCAGGAAGACGUCCGGGAGCAGCUGUUCGGUCGAGCUCCCGCACAGAAAGGGUCACAAACCCCCGAGCCCCCGACAGCCGCUGAGCGUUGGGACCGAGGUGAGGCCGUCACCUCCGAAGGUGAGCACAGAUGUUCCACAGAGGUGUGUUUACCCAGAGAGCAGCCAAGGCCAAAAAAAGGCUCCCCCCUCGCAGACCCAGCUCUGAUAGGAGGGAGAGUUUAAAGGGAUUGUGCAAAAAGUCCAAAAACCGGAGGUAUUCGUAUGAAAAUACUGCACUCUGGUUUAGAGACUGAGGACAAAAAGGCAAAGAGCACUUCUUCAGCACCGCUUCUGAAUGACGCUAUUAUGUAAUUAUAUGAAUAA